UGCCUCCCUUGUAGUUACUCUUUGAUACUGAGACGAGUUGCGCAAGGUCGUCAGCGAUUCAACAUGGCAACCUUGAGGGGAGCUGAACUGAUGUUAAAGAUCAUCCGCCCUUUUGUAGCUAGACGGGGCCUUUCAUCCACAUCUGUUAUUAACAAUUGGAAUAAAGACUGGAAGCCUGGACCAUAUCCAAAGACUCCUGAAGAACGUUUAGCAGCUGCCAAGAAGUAUGGGUUGCGAGUAGAGGACUAUGAUGUUUAUCCUGAUGACGGCUUGGGGUAUGGAGAUUAUCCUAAGCUCCCAUAUGCCUCUGGUGAUUACAGAAGUGGAUAUGAAGACUGGGACAUCCCUGAGUUGAAACGAAACUUUGGUGAACCACUGCAUGUAAUGGCAGAUUGCAUUACUGAAGAUAAAUGGGAUCCAAAUGCCAAACCUAGAUAUUCAUACUUGAACAUGUUUCUGACAACAACCGGGUUCGUGGGUGCUUUAUUAAUUAUCUACAUUGUGACACUGCCAUAUCCUUGGUUUCAGCCAGCGAUGCCAAAGCAGUAUCCGUUCAACGAUCUGUUCUUAGAAAAGGGAGGUGAUCCAAAAGAAGAAAAAGUAGUGAAACAUUACACAUUUGAGCGAGGAACCGAGGAUAAAUAAGAACCAGUUGAGUUAGACUGAACCCAAAGUUGCUUAUACCCUCCUGUAUCUUCAGUGUUCUUGUUUAUAGACUGUUUUGAGAAAUAAAAGAUAAGUAUAUGUUUUUAUUCAUUGCUCAUUUGUGCAAGUGGUGUAGGAAGAUGAUUUUUUCAGACGAAUAACAACUUUGAGACCACCCAACCCCCCCCCCCCAUUUUUUUUUUAACCGUCAGCUUCUUAACCACAUUAGACAAAAAAGGGUGAACAGGCUUGCCUUUUAAGAGUUGCCUUCUCCUUUAUCACUGUUUACUACAAACACUGUGUCCACCAGAGUUAUAUUACGGGACUGCUUGGAGACAAAUUUUCCACAUUAACUUCUAGAAUGAGGCCCCCUGAUUGAAUAUGUUUCUGAUUUCACCAUCAGGAAGAACAGAUGUGAGCUUUCCUAUUGAUAGAGGUACAAAAGCUCAAGCUUUAUGAUAUAUUUUUAGUUUGUUGGCUGUAAGCUAUGGAAAGUGGAAGUCCCCGACUUUUGCCUAGAAAGAGUGAAAAAGUAACUAAGCAACAAACUGCUUUUGACAUUAAGAAUUUCAAAGGGAUCACUGAGACCCAAAAGCCUAAAACUUCAUGGAAAGAAGUCCAAAGAUAGAUGUUUCUGAUGUUUAUAUUAAGUCUCUAGGCAUUAAAAGUACAUCUUUGUA